AUGCGUUACGCGAGGUGUCUCGGCUCCUGGAAACUCGGCGCUCUGGCGUGUUACCUGUUCGGGAAUGUAAUUGCGAUCGACGAUAGGCAGGGUUUCGGACACAUGUUCAAGUGGAGGAACUUGGAAGAAGCCUUCGACGAGGCUAGAAUCGUCAGGAAGCCGAUAUUCCUCCUGAUCUACAAGAGUGGCUGCCCCACUUGCGAGAAGCUGAAACCCAAAUUCAGGAACUCGCUCAGAAUCCACGAUCUCAGCCAGCACUUCGUUAUGGUGAACGCGAGGAAAGGUGAGAUGUCCGCGAAAGACGAGGCGAGAUUUCAACCAGACGGAACCUACGUCCCUAGAAUCUUGUUCUUCACCUCGGACGGCGAGUUUAUGGAAGACGUUUAUAAUCGUCAUCCGAAAGCCGACAACAAGUGUAAAUACUUUUACAGUAACACGACUCAGAUAAUAGACAGCAUGCUUUUAGCAUUGGAACGCUGUCCAAAGGAGUCAUAA